CCCGGCUCGGCACCGACGAUUCCCAUGCGCGAACAGAUCAAGGCGGGUUUCAAAGACAUGGGCAAAUCGGCGUGGUCGUCGGCGAAGAACUUUGGGUACAUCGGUGGCAUCUAUGCCGGAUCUGAGUGUGCGAUCGAGGGCUUCCGGGCGAAGAGCGACCUCGCAAACGGCGUUGCGGCCGGGUGUUUCACGGGAGGCUUCCUGGCGAGGUCGGCGGGUCCGCAGGCGGCGGCGGUGGGAUGUGCGGGUUUCGCGGCGUUUUCGGCGGCGAUCGAUGCGUAUAUGAGGAUGCCGAGCGAUGAUAAGGCGGCGGAUCCGAUUAUCUGAAAAAGGAUGCGAUUACCAUACGGAUGCGCCAUGUCUGAGUCGGGAAUCGACUGGUCAAGAGUCGGACAUUUUGGUGGGAAAUUCGACAGGUGAACGUCGAGACGAGAGACUGAAACAUUUGCAAGAGCAUGCUACAGAGCGCGGUGAUUGUGGGCGUUGGCGUUUGGGAACUGUGUGAAAUAUUAUUGUAACAUAUGGGAAACGGGUGGACGAGCCCGUGGCGUUUGUGCUGGAAGAAAACUCGACUCUGAGCGGCUCUUAGCUGUCAGGUCUGUUACGCUUGAUGUUCUGUAAAGGAGAGACUAUCAAUCUCACGAUAGAUUUACUCCUAUCUUUGUGCUCCUUCCUAGAGACUAUUUUCCAGGUCUUGCUAAUGGAUGUUAUUGAAUGUUUCGGCAGUUGGAUUCAAUUGUGACACGGUCGAGUCCGCGUCCACUUUCUCAUAUCUUAAUCAUGCGGCGAUCUCCAAUUAAUUUUUAGUAU